AUGGAUCUCGAGCAAAUGCUUGCAGCUCAGGGCAUCUCUUCUCGCGGAGGUGCACCUGAAAACCUUCCUGAUACCGGAGAGGUUAUCCAUAUCUCGUCCCUGGCUUUACUCAAGAUGUUGAAGCAUGGGCGCGCUGGUGUACCAAUGGAGGUCAUGGGUCUCAUGCUCGGAGAAUUUGUAGACGAAUACACGGUGCAAGUAAUAGAUGUGUUCGCGAUGCCGCAGUCGGGGACAACUGUAUCAGUUGAAUCCGUUGACCAUGUGUUCCAAACGAAGAUGAUGGAAGCUCUCAAGCAGACCGGGCGACCGGAAGCCGUCGUUGGGUGGUAUCAUUCCCAUCCCGGUUUCGGAUGUUGGUUGUCGAGUGUGGAUAUCAACACGCAACAAUCUUUUGAAUCACUCGAUCCUCGGUCCGUCGCCGUCGUCGUGGAUCCCAUUCAGUCGGUGAAAGGCAAGGUCGUCAUCGAUGCUUUCCGGCUUAUUCAACCGCGUACCGUCGUCAUGGGUCAAGAACCACGGCAGACGACUUCAAAUAUUGGUCAUAUCAACAAGCCUUCGAUUCAAUCGCUCAUCCACGGGCUAAACCGACACUACUAUUCAAUUGCCGUUAAUUACCGAAAGACGGAGCUUGAACAGGCGAUGCUGAUGAAUUUGCACAAACGCAAUUGGACAGAGGGGUUGAAAUUACGGGACUUCAAAUUACACAAGGAAAGCAACGAGAAAGCGAUCAAGUCAAUGCUCUCACUGUCGAAGGAGUACAACAAGUCGGUUCAGGAAGAGUCGACGCUAACCCCUGAGCAGCUAAAGACGCGCCAUGUGGGUAAGCAGGAUCCAAAACGACAUCUGGAAGAAGCGGUCGAAAAAGCCAUGGGAGAUCAGGUGGUGCAAAAUUUAGGGACGAUGCUGUUGGCGGAACUCUGA